AUGUUCCGACUGGGCCAGGUGGCGGGCGCGUCGUGCGAGCAGCCCGCGGGAUGGGGCCAGGCCGGCCGGCCGCCGCUGCUGGGCACGUGUCCCCGGAAGCCUUCCGACGGGCGAGGCUGGGCACUGGCCAGCCUCGCGGGUCCCGUGCUGGGGGCGCUGUCCGCCCGGGAUGCCGCUGCGCUGGCGUUCUCGGCGCUCGGGUCGUUCGCGUGGGUCAAGAUCUUCGACCUGCUGGCGGCGAAUAACGUCCUGGAGCAGAAGUUAAGUCGCAAGAUAGUCCACAUCACCACCGGUCCACUAUUCAUCCUUACCUGGCCUCUGUUCAGCGGGGCUGCCUACGCCCGAUACCUUGCGCUGCUUGUGCCAGCUGCCAACUUCCUGCGCCUCUUCCUCGUGGGCACAGGAGUCGUCAAAGAUGAGGGACUGGUGAAGUCCAUUAGCCGCCAGUGCGACAGGACUGAGCUUCUCCGCGGACCCCUCUACUAUGUCAUGACGCUCAUGGCUGUGACAGCCUUGUGUUGGCGGGACAGCAUGGCUGGGAUGAUGGUGGUGGCAGUAAUGUGCGCUGGCGACGGCUUUGCAGAUGUUAUUGGACGGCAGUGGGGCCGAAAGCGCUGGUCGUACAACAGGUCCAAGACAUUGGAGGGCAGUGCUGCGAUGUUUGUUGCUGGGACCUUGACGGGUAUAGGGUUGAUGGUCGUUUUCCGUGGGAUGGGAUACAUCAGCUUUUGCGCAGGGCCCACCUUCUUGGGAGUGGUUCUCAUAUCGUGUAUCUCAACCUUCGUGGAGGCGUUGCCAAUCAACAAUGUGGUGGACGACAACCUUUCCGUCCCUCUGGUUGCGGGACUGCUGGCUAAUUGGCUUCUGAUGUAA